AGGCCAAUCCGCCGAACGGGUAUGCUGUACGGUUGUGCGUUAUUUCCACUUUAGUCGCUUUCUUAUUUUUCUAGCGUUCGCACACGGCCGGACGAAGUUUCGCUGUGCAUCGUCGUGGUGAUUCGCGUAAUUUAUUUCCUUUUCGCAUCGCAACGCGAAGGAGGGAUUUCGCGCGCGCUCGUACGUACGGUGUGUACCGGUGAGAUGCGUUGCAUGUGGCCGUUAGUUUAGCAAAUCAGGCAAUACAAAAGAAAAAGAAACGAAAGAGAAAACUUACUUCUCGUGGUGUUGUGUUAUGCGGUUCCGGUGCAGUUGUUUUGUGGUGUAUGCAUUGUGAAGCUGUAUCCGCGUGAAGGAGCCCAGGCACCCAGAAAAAAAAGGGGAAUUCCUGCCUCUACAAACAACUGCCAUCGCCUUCGUCGCCACCAUCGAUUGUCUAGUUUGCUGGUGGUGCUGCCCUUAGUACAUCGCGACCAGACAUAAGGCGCGCGCGCGCUUUGCACUGUGACUCACACGCACCCCCCCCCCCUGGUAGUGUGAUAGUGGAAGGGAAGGGAAAACUCGCGCGGAAAACAACGGGUGCUCGGUGAAAAGUGUAGCAGGAAUGUUGCAGUCGAUCGUCGACGAGUAAGUCGCGCAGGGCACAGUAGCAGUGUAAAGUCCCCAGUGGGAGAAAAUAUCAUCAGUGAAUCAGAAGAGAGUUCAGAAGAGCAAAAGAGGAAUAAGAGGAAAAGUGGAAAUGUGUGUGGCUUAUGAUGAUGAUCUAUUAGAGUGUGUGUGUGCAUCUGUAUUGUCGCGAUUCGUCCGGUUUUUCCCGUUGAUCUGUGUCACGUGAGUAGAAUGUGAAGUGAAAAGCCUCGGUGAGGUGUGUGAGCGCGCGAGCAAAAGCAAAUAAAAUAAAUACAGCAAGAAAAGCGAAGAUCACCUCAAUCACCUGGCAAGAAAAGGGGGGGUUUUGUGCAGUGCUGGCCUUUUUUUGUGAUAUUGCGAGAUUCUUUCGUAGGAGUGCCUCGAUAGAAAACUAGGCCUCUCGCCAGAGGAAAAAACAAGCCUUGACCAAAAAUGUGUAGCCUACUUUCGUUGGUCGCGUUCGGGUUGGUCCUGCUGGCCGUACCCGGACUUGCCGGUACCCGGCCACAGGAGGUCCGCAUCAACAAAUGUUGCCGGCUGGGCGAGUUUUACGACGUGUCGGAGCGGUUGUGCGUGGCGGGCGGUAUCGCCAAAUGGGUGCCGCGCAUCUUCCUACCGGCAAAGGGCCAACUGUACAAGGACCUCGGGUCGGCCCCACCGUUCAUGAAGUUUGCCGAACAACAGCAACCGGAAACAUGCCCCCGGCCGAACGUGUAUGACGUCGAUCUGGUAACGCUGAUGGGCAAUGGAUCGUUGUUUUUGAAUCAGAAGCAUGUGCUGGUCCCGGUGCCGGACUACUGCAUCGAUGAGAAGGUGGCGCUGGUAUGUCCGGAACGUCCGACGGACUUUUUGGGUGCGGGUCCUGAUGGCGGUAAGGGUGGACAGAUGGAUUCACUGCAGGCGCCCGAGAAGACGAGCAUUGUGCUGCGAUGCUGUGGAUCUAACUUUGCCUAUGACAGGGGCAAUCGUACAUGCUCGAAGUUACCGCGGGGUCACGAGCUGUUCGAUUCGAGGAUCGUAAACUCACCGUACGUGGAGUUGAGCUACGGGUUUCCGGCGUGUAAGGAGCACGCAAUUGCUGGAGCUUUUGAAGAAUCGCGCCUUCAGGAGCAGACCGGUUCGGUAACGACCGAUUCGGGGAAGAUCUUCGCAUCCGGAGAGUUCUGUCUGGAGCAUGUGCGGGAAGACGAUCGGACGGUGUACGUAUUCACCUGCUCCGAACACUUCCAGCCGGCCUCGGUGCCCAUCGCAAAGCAGGACGGCCGCCUGGUACUGUACUCGGCCGGUCUGCUCAUCUCGACCAUCUUUCUGGCGGCAACGCUGGCCACCGGUCUGCUGGUACCGUCGCAACAUCACGUGCUUCAUUGGCGCUGCCAAACGCACUACGUCGCCUGUCUGCUGGUGGGCGAUCUGCUGCUUGCCAUCACUCAACUAUCCGGCAACUCCAUCACCGGUCCAGCCUGCACGACAAUAGCAAUCAUGAUGCAUUUCUUCUUCCUGGCUGCAUUCUUCUGGCUCAACACGAUGUGCUUCAAUAUCUGGUGGACCUUCCGUGAUCUACGGCCAACAUCGCUGGAGAAAAGCCAGGAAAUCUGUCGGCUUCGGAUCUACGAGGUGUACGCGUGGGGUGUCCCGCUGGUUAUUGCGGGCGUGGCAGCCAUCCUGGACAAUCUGCCGGACAGCAACGAUACCUACUUGAGGCCACGCUUUGGUGAAGCAAAAUGCUGGUUCUACGGUAACAUGGAAAUGCUGACCUACUUCUUCGGACCGAUCGGAAUUCUGCUCGGCGUCAAUCUGCUACUGUUCGCAUCGACCGCCCGUCAGCUGACCUGUGGCCUAUGGAAGCGGGACGACGUUAAAUCGACGACGGAACGCCGCGGUUUGGUUUCUUCUCCCUCUUACAGUGCGGCGUUGGGGCGCGUCUGCCUCAAGCUGGUGGUCGUGAUGGGUGUCACCUGGGUGGCGGACGUCAUCUCGUGGGCCGUCGGCGGACCGAACUACAUCUGGAUCGUGACCGAUCUGAUCAACGCACUGCAGGGCGUAUUCAUCUUCAUCGUCGUCGGAUGUCAACCGCAGGUCUGGGCCGCCAUGAAACGCCUGUGGAACUCGAAAACGGGACGAUCCUUCACGAACACCACGCACGGCCCGCAGCACUCGAGCUCGUCGCACGGUUUGCCCUCGAUGGGUGAAUCGAUCACGAACAACACCUGCACCAACAACACGACCACCACCACCUCGAACCGGGUACCGAUGGAGACGGUCUGUUGAACCGUGCCGGGCGGAACACGUCCGGAUGACAAGUGAGGUGAGCCAAAAACAAAAACCCUGCUUCACACUAUUAGGACUGGAGUCGGGAGGUGCCGGAUGAUGUUAGCCACGGCACGGACCACACCGAAAUACACACCCUCGGACGAAGAUGCGCCAACGUGUCGAAUCGUAUCGACGACGGCCAAACUGUGAUGAACAAGUGUCGGUCGGAGAUAAAGUGUUCUUGUGUGUUUUUUAAACCAUCAUCGGUGGCUUUAACGCAACUCACCGUCAUCAUCAUCCUCGCGGCACUGGCAAAUUUUUGUAGCAGGAAUGACACCAAGCUUUCUUGGCUCUUGACUGGACGCGUAUUCGAAAGGGGUUGGCGAUGGGACUUAUAUCCCAAGGAGAGGAAAAGCAUGCGCUAAAUAAGAGAAAACAGUCAAUGUUGGUUCCCUUCUACUUUCCCUUCAUCUCAUAUUGCGCCUAAAUAGAGUAUAGAAGCGAGAGCGACAGAACGAUAGAGAACGUAGAGGACCUUCCUACCUUUGCAAACGUAUACACUAAACGGAUAAUAACAUUAAUAUUUAAUAAAUUAAACCACAAUUCGCAAUUCACACACACACACUCUUCACCGUUCAUAACAAUAAACCAGCAGAGAUCACCGUUGGAGGCAUACGAGUACGAGUGCUUGAAGAUGUUUGCAGUUAGGCGAUCGCGUACGCUGAUGUCAGUAUUUUUGUUGGACCUCUAACUGAGCUCCUCAAGCUGCCGGAAGUCCUCCCAUCCAUCUUAGUCUAGGGAAAGCAAUUAACACUUGAUAGAGAGAGAGGGAGAGAGAUGUAGUGUAUAGCGUUGACGACUCAGUCACUGAGCUCGAGAGCCUAUCGAUCGAGGUUUUUGUAGUAGUUAAGUAGGAUAUAGCAUUUUGCCAAAACCAGAACAAAAUCCCAAAACAAAGGCUAGAAGAAGCGUUCGCAGGAGAGGAAAGAGAGACGAUUUUUUUUUUUUGUUGUUUGGACUCGUUUAUGAGUAAGUGUAUAUUUUAUGUUAAAAAUAAUUUUAUCCAAAGGUCGGAUCCGUCCCCGUCCGACAAGCUUCUUGCCGAACAAGGGAGCGAUCCGACCGAGACGAACACCUAAGGAUGGUAUUUUGAGCUUCCUGUAGGAAUUUGUUGCGCAUUAAACAACAAUACACUGCCCCGGGUGAAAUUCAUGUAAGCUUCUUCUUUUGUUACUUUUAAGAGCUUUACUUACGUUUGUAAGAUUACUUCCCGAUUUUCCGCCAACAAAGCAUUCUCUUGUGUAGUUUUAUGUUUAGAGCUUACCUCUUGGUAGAGUAUUAAUUACUUAACACACAAACACACCUUCCUCUCACCUUUACUUCGUAUAUGUAUUUAUGUAAAAAGUGUAAAGAAAAAUGAAAAUUCGUUCGUAUGAUUUUAGCUUACUUUCGCGAUAUGUUUGCUGCUUACGGUGAUCCGCCACGUUGAUAAGACUUUCCGGGGAAGAAGGGUACAAUGUGUUUUCGUCUUUGGUAGCUUCUGUUAUUGCCGAUCACUUGGAAAUGAUUGUUUAAAUCGGUGGCACGUGUAACACUUGUAACAAUAACGUUUGAUAUGUCCGUGUCCUUUUUAAAAAAUAUAUAUAUAAAACUAUACACACACUUACACGCAUAUAAGUAAAAAAGGUAAACGUGUUAACAGUAACAAUAAUUAAAAACAUUUAAUGCGUAAUAUACAAAUUCGAUAAAAAGAAAAACGGGAAAACAAUAACGCAAACAAACACGAGCCCAUAUAGAGCAAUUCGAGUAGGAGAAGAUAACGAUCGGUUUUAUGCAUUCUUUUUAGAAAGGUUUACAAAAUUUUAUGGCCAAAAGCGAACUUUAAUAAGAAAAUUCUACCAUCGGACGAUUAUUGUACGAUCGAUUUAUAGCUCGAACACAUAGGCAGUAGCAGCAGCAAUAUUUCGAAGACGAGUAACAUACAUACUAAAAAUAAAUAAGCCAAGAAUGGUCGAAAAGGAAAAGAAGCCGCCCACCGGAUGCAUAAAACCUGCAGCAAACAAUAUAGAUAUAUCGUUCAAAAACGGUCACUUUAGCAAUAGCGCAAAACUAAAACGCUCCCCCCGUAACGAUCAUCAUCAUUCAUAUAAAUUUCUUCUCACAGUAACGCGCACACAACUCUUUGCACACAAUAUAUACAAACAACAAGCAUAAUUAACUAAACGAUAUCAUAAACUUUAUAAACAAAAUCGGUGUUCAUUAUGGGGGUUCGAGCGAUAUGAUGGAAUUUUCAGGCAUGGGCACACUGUGGAACUUUGCAAUCAUAUAAUGGAAUCUUGCAGGGGCAACUGUCAGGAGCGGUUUGCAAUGCUUCGGUGAAUUACUGGCUAUCGUAAAAAGGGUCAACGGAUCGUUCUCGGUCACAUUCUACAGUUCUCCCAACUGUUUGCAAAAUUCCAUUAUAUGAUUGCAAACUUCCACAGCGGGCUUGCAAUAUUCCUCUUGUGUGGUGGGAAAGUUUCCAUUAUAUGGAUCGAACCCCUAGUGAGAAGUGUUGAUACAUUCGAGUCCUGUUUUUCUUCUAGUAAAACACUCGCACACCACCAGAACAGAUCGUUGUAUUGUAGAAGUUUUGCAAAUAAUUCAGCAGUUAUCCACUCGAUAAAAUAAAGAAGCAUCGUAUAGCGAAAGGCACCGAAGCAAAUCAUUUAACCACCCUUCUCCUUCUCGACUCCAAUUAAGCUAAAAAGCGGUAGUUAAUCAAUUCACGAGAUAGUGAUGUGCUAAUCCAACAGUGGGAGAGGCGAUGGCGAUAAAUUGCACAAAACCGUCCCGAUCACUGUCCAACGGCGAGCGAUACGAACACGACGAAGCACACUACAGUGCGUCAGUAUUUUUCGAUGUUUAAAUAAAUCGAUCCGAUGUAAAGUGUGACAGCUUCUCACUUCCAUUUCCAUUGCUUCUGCUUCUCGGUGCAGUUGCAGGAAAACUACACAUCCUAACCAGCCCGAAUCAUUUAAAUCGCUUUUCUUUCUAUCUGAAAGAGGGCUUGUUUCGGAGGGGACCACGUGAUGAGUUUUUCAUCUCGAACCUCCCUCCCUUUUCAGUAAGCGAUAAAUCAGACUUAACUUGCCAUUUAAUCUCAAACCGAUCUUGACUUGUUCUAAGUACUUUUCCGCUCUAACUUGACCGUUGUCUCCGCGUCACAAAGCACAAUUUAUAAGCACAAUAUUCACAUCUCACCCAUAACUCGAUAGUUUAGCGAAGAAGUCUUAAAAAAGCGAGGUAUGCGUAUCGGAAAACAGCACGCCGUCGGAGGUUUUUUCGUGUGUCGGUUUUUAGGCAAACACGCUACAGUAUACAAUAAAGUUCGGAAGGGAACGAUUUAGAAUAUCGAAACCGAAGCGAGAGCUUAUAUUGCAAAUCGCAACAACAAAAAAUAUUCAAUACAAGCGCAAUAAAAAAAGGUAACACGCCAACACCUUACUUACUAUACAAAUGAUCGAAAUAUUGAACUUUGCGGAUCCCCGUGUAGUUGAGGAAAUAAAAAAAAGUCGAAUCAAA